AUGGGUACCGUUAAUUUACAGAUAACAGCACUGCUGGCCUUGGCAAUGGUUUUGCCCAACGCUAGCCCCGCCUCAGCUCCGCCGCCUGGUGCCGCCACAACCUCACCUGCUCCGUCUGCCGCCUAUUCUCCCCUGCCCACCCUCAAACGUUCCCCUGCAAACGUAGCAGGUUCAUCAAAAAUACCUAAUAUCGUGAUUAUAUUGAUAUGCGUCGUGCCCGCCAUAUGUGCUUUUAUCUUCGUUGGACGAAGGUUGUACAUCAAGAGGAAAAGCGGAGGUGAGGCUGAGGAGACCGACGAGGAGCUCAACAAACUGCUUCGCCAGGCUGCUCAGUCCGUACGCUCUUUUCCAUAUGCUGACCUCUGCACCGCCACCAACAACUUCAGCGACACUCAUAAGAUUGGAAGCGGCGGCUUCGGAUGUGUAUACAAAGGCACUUUGCCUGGUACAAAGGCAUCUGUGGCUGUAAAAAGAGUAUCUCCAACUUCUAAGCAAGGUAAGAAUCAGUACGUAUCAGAAGUAAUAAUAAACAGUAAGCUUACACACCACAAUCUCGUUAGGUUUCUUGGCUGGUGCCAUCGAAAAGACGAUUUGCUUCUUGUCUACGAAUUGCUCUCAAAUGGAAGCCUAGACAAAUAUCUAUUUGGGGAGACAGAGGCUGCUUUGAAUUGGGAUCGAAGAUACAGUAUAGCCUGUGACAUAGCCUCAGCUGUGGUUUAUCUUCACGAGGACCGGCAUGAGAGCGUUGUGCACAGAGACAUAAAGGCCAGCAAUGUGAUGCUGGAUUCAAAUUUCAAAGCCAAGCUGGGGGAUUUUGGGCUUGCUAGAGUGAUGGAACGUGAAAAGGGAGGGCAUACUACAGUGCCGGCAGGAACAAUUGGGUACAUAGCGCCAGAAUGCGUAACUAGGGGAAAAGCCACUCGAGAGUCCGACAUGUUUAGCUUUGGAGCGCUCGCACUGGAAAUUGUAUGUGGAAGACGACCGGCAGACUGGAGCUUGAUUGAACACAAUUGCAGAGUGGUGGAAUGGGUUUGGCACUUGCAUGGGCAGCAUAGGAUUCUUGAUGCAGCAGAUGAGAAACUGGGUCGAGAUUUCAAUGAUGAGGAAAUGGAACGGCUUUUGAUAGUGGGAUUGUUGUGCUCGCAUCCUGAUCCGAAUGCCAGACUGCGGAUCGAACAAGUGGUGGGUUUAUUGAAAAGAGGUGCCGAGUUGCCUCAUGUUUCUCUGGAAUUUCCUGUGCCUGUUUAUGGUUACUGUCCUCCUGCUGAUUUCGCCUCAUCGUCAAUAUCGACAAUCAAUGGAUUUUUGUGUUCGUCUAGUAAGUUUUCCACCAGCACAGAAAGCUGUUCCCAAUCACUUUCCAACCCGAACUAG